CCUAGUUUAUUAGACCUACAUUUGAUUUGUGCUUUAUGACAUUAUUCAUUAUUAUCACACUGGAAGUAAUAUUAAUAGCACAUGAAUAGUUCCGUAAUAUUCUAACAUGUUUUCCAACAGUUUUGAUUUAUUUUUGUUGAUAGAUAUUCUUUCACUUACAGACUGUUUUGAUCAUCCAAUAUGCUACCAUAAGUGUUCGCCAAGUACAAAAUUAUUGCAAAGUGCUGGUUCAGUGGAUAGUUGAAUUUAGCUGAAGUUUGCUCACUCAGGCUGUGAACUUACUUAAAGCUGCAGAGUGGUAAGUUUUGCUAAUGUGAAAAUAAUGUGUCAAAGUUUGUUUAGUUUUUUAAAAUUUAUUAAGCAUAUCACUGAAUUAUUUAAUGGAUCCGAACAGAAGCUCUCGAAGAUGUAAAAAAAUAAAAAUGAUUGGAAGGCUUUAAGUCAGUGGUUCUCAACCUUCUCAAAGCCGCGACCCUUUAAUACAGUUCCUCUUGUGGGGACCCCCAACCAAAACCUAUUUCUGUUACUACUUCAUAAAUAUGUGUUUUCUGAUUAUCUUAGGCAACCCCCGUGUAAGGGUCUGGCAACCCUCAAAAGGGUCUCGGCCCACAGGUUGAGAACUACUGCUUUAAGCUAAUUAGCUUGUGAGGAAGUUUGAAAGUCUGCUUCUUUGUUCUCGUGUUUACAUUUCCCUUGUAUUAAAUAUGUCAAUAUGUUAUUGUCUGGGAAGGUCAUUGGACUUCCUGGUUAAAAUUUAAGAAAAUUUUGUGUGCAGUAAGGUGAUAUCUGUUACCCAUUUGAAUUGACUUCUUUGCGCUGGAUAUUCCCACGGCCCAUUUCAACACUUUUACACAAUAAUUGGGUUGUGCUUACAAUGAAAUGGAUUGAAUCCCUUCAUAUUAUAGUGACCCAUUUUGCUUCUAAUUAUUUAUAUAUAUAUUUAAAUUAUUAAUUCAUCUUUUAUCUGAUUUAAUUUUUUUUUGGAGUAUAAGAACCUGAAAAGAACAUUUCAUGUUAAAAUUAAUUAUUUUGUAAAAUAGAUUUGUGUUAAUUCUCUAUUUUCAUUGUAAUAUUGUGCAUUGUUACACCGUCAACUUACAAAAAAACCUGAAAAUACCUGCUUCCAGAUACAGACUCUGCAUCUUCAGUUUGAAAUCUCUAGGAUAAACAAUAUUGAUGAUGGCUGAAUCUCUUCUGUGUUUUCCUUGCUGUAUAGGUGGACAACCCCAACCGGUGAGUUGUUUUUUCUUGAUUUUAUGUAUACUUAAAACGAAACAUAUAUUUUUCAACUCUUUAAAAGUGCCAUUUUUUUUCGUUUUGUAAAUUUCAAUUUAGUAUGGCCCACAUAUUAGUUUAAUUUAAGUUACACAACUCAUAAAUGAUCCCCAAAAAAAUGUAUUUGAUUUUAAUAAAUGGACUGUACAUUGACAUAUUGUUCAAUGUAACAUAUUAUGGAACUAGAUAGGUCUCGUUUGUGAUAUAAAUCUUUGUAAAUGAAAUAUCAUCAGAGGAUCUAUUAAAUUCCUUUAAAAAGAUUUUUUUGUUUUCAAUAUAUGUAUUCCUCAGAAAGCUAUAAAAAUCUCAUCUAAAUAAUGAACAUUCACAAUGCGUACCAAAAUUGAAGAAUAAUUAUUGCAUUGUUAGUUAGAUCUGUAGGCAUUUAUAAAUGUGAUAGAACUUUCCCUUUCCAGAAACGUAGACCAAGACCAAGACUGGACCCAAGCAUGAUAGGAUUACCAACAGAUUUUAGGCACACAGCUCACGUGGGCAGUGGGGAUGUCAGGGGUUCUAAUAAUGUACGUUGACAGGGAAGCUUCUUCAUAUUUAUCAUAUUAUUAUUAUUAUUGGGGAAAUUAAAGAUCUAUUUUCAUGAAAUUAUUAUCCCAUUAACUAUACCAAAAAUAUAUAUAAAUAACACUAAAUGCAAAGUCUUAUAUUUCAGAAAGGCAUGACGAUAAUUUGCUGAGAGAUUGAAUAACUUUUUUUUAAAAACUCAAAAUAAUACAGCCGUUAUGUAUGCAUGAUUAAGACUGUAAAUGUCUCAACCUAAAGCCUUCAGUUCCCCAUUUCUGUCAUCGACCAUACAGUAAAGUGGGAAUAUUUUUGCUAGGGGUGUGCCGGAAUUCGGUUCCGCCGGAUUUUGCACUAUCCGGUGAAAUCCGGUUCUGCCGGAUUUACAUGUAUCCGGAACAACCGAAAUAUACCGGAUUUCGGAAUUUGCCAGAUUUUGUGACUCACCGGAUCAUAAUCUGAAAUAAAAGUAAUUCUCUUUCCCGAAUUCCACACGAUCACGAUACAUUAAUCGAUUGUUUCGAGCGUUGAGCUUGUUUAAUGUUUAAUAUUCCGAACAUACCAGAGGCUAGAGUCAGCACCGCUAAUAGUGGCCAAUAGUGUACCAGAAACCGGAAUCCGGAUCUGGCGGAUUUCACAUAAGAAAAUCCGGAUCCGUUUGGAAAAAACGGAUCCGGCACACCCCUAAUUUUUGCCAUCUUCAUGAACUGGCCUGCUCUUUGGCUCAAUCUGUGAAGGGUAUGAAAUCUUGCUGAGGUUUAACCAUGCCCUCUGAUGACGGCUUUCCUGCCAGGGUGGCUUUAGUUUUGCUGAAGUUCUUGUGGAAGCCUUUUGGAUUUAAAGUCCAACUCAAUGUUACUGACCCCUUCAUUAUUCACAGCUUAACUCUGUUCAGACCCAAAUGUCGUCAAAAGGAGAUUAUAACCACCACAUCUCACCGGGCCACCUGCAACUGUCAGUUAUAGAUCUACCACCGCGGUCACCGUCAUAGGUAAGUUGGCCAUAAAUAUAUAUAUUACAUAUGUUUCAUAUAUUAAGCCUGAGAUAAUUUAGAGUGGCUUAACAAGACAACCAGUGCUUACACCACCAAGAAAAAGAAACAAUAUGCAGAAAUUAAUUAAUUUUUUUUUAAUCGUUACUUCCUUUUGUCAUUAAACAUAGCUUUUAUUUCAAUUUUUUUUUAUAAAUGAGAAGUGGGAAAAGUUAUUGUGUAAUGCACUUGACACUUCGCUAAUUUUUUAAAUCUUAGUCAAGGCUUUUUAUAGAUUUAUCAAGCCUAAAUAACUAUUUAAUUCACAGUACAUGUUUUUAAACUUAUCAUUAGCUUUGAACAAAGUUUCAUAAACCCAUCUGAUUCCACUGCAGCACUUUACAAAAGAAUGCAUCAUGUUAUCAUUUCUGUUUCCAGAUAAUAAACAUUGCCUUGAGAUCUCUGCAUCAACUGCUUCUUCAGACCAACUGCUCAGUUACAUGUUAUGCUCUAAGCUGUUUCAAUUUUCACUCCCUCUCAACACACUGUAUUUAUAAUAUAUGCUUUGGCAAAUGAAAGACUUGAGUGAUGGUGUGAAAGACUUGAUAGCCGAGUGAGGAUGUCCGUCGUAUGUUAAUGGGUGGACUAUGAGUGAGAGUUCUAUAAAGCAUAAUUUAUUUUUAUUUUUUUGUUUGUAAAUAUAAUUAAAUUGGUCUGGGGAAAUGAUGGUUGGUGGGCAUUUACAUAUUUUAUUUUUUUUACUACCCCCUCCCCACUUUAGUGUAGGCUUUAACAUUAAAACUCUGCUUUAAUGCAAAAUAUUGUACAAAAUAUUUUUCAAAUAAUUUUCUUAAAAACAUAAGUACUAUGCUUUAACAGUUAUUUUAAAAUAUUCACAAUGGCGUUGCAGUGCUUUAACCAUUGUUUUUUGUUUUUUUUUUAACUUUUUUUUUCAAAAAAGUUUUUAAAAAUUUGUAAAUCUUUGGAUUUUAAAAAACCGAAAAUAUGGUGACUCAAAUGGUAGAAAAUAGCAUUCUUCAUUUUAACCAUAUGACAAAUAUUUUUAUUUAUUUUUAUUUGGUUAAAGCGUAGCAUUUUUAAAACUGUAUCUAAAUCAUAUUUUUUUUCCUCACCAUGACAAUAUUGUAAACUACUUCCAAAUGAUUGUAUAUUUUAAUAUUUAAUUUCAAUGUCUGUUUGUCUAGCCAUUUGUGUCCAUUGAUUGUGUAGGAAUAUUAUUUAAGUCUCACAUCAUUCAUGGAAUACAGAUAUGGAUUUUGUAUUAUAUAUAUAUUUUUUCUUUAAUAUAUAUAUAUAUACAUAUAUCUCGUAAAUAAUUAAUGUUCUAGAGUUUUAAGUCUCCUAUUAAGAAAAUAUCUCAUUUAUCCAAGGAAUCAUAUUUUUGGCAUUUUGAAAUGUGGUUAACUUAGAUUAAUCUUCAAUCAUAAAAUGUGUUUGGGAGGGGGGUUGUGUAUCGAUAUGUAAUUUAACUGACCAUUGAACUUGAACAAAUUGGGCUUUUUAGAAGUGAAAUUGUUAUUUACUUCUUGCAACUUUCUAUUAAAAUAUGGUUUUAACUACAAAUAUAGUUUUUAGACAAGCAGCCACGGAAGUAUAUAUAUUUUUAAAUUAAGUUUGACUUGGCCCUUACAAGAUAGACUAAAUUUUUAAAUGCAUGGUUUUGUAUCAUCUAGAGUUAUUUUAAAGUUCUAUAUUUUCUUGAAUAGGAAAUUUACAUGCGUUUUUAUAAAAUUGAACUAUUAAAUUAAAACCUGGCAUUAGCUGCAUAAAUAUCGUGGAGAAAAUGUUAUUUAGAUAGAAAUAGAUACAUAACUUUCUUUUUGUUGUUUUUUCAUUAGGGGAUCGUAUUGAAAAUGAAGAUUGAAGAGUAGAGGUUAAUCACCAGUCUGAAGUAAAACCGUGGGUGACAUGUCAGUAUAGCUGAAGUUGGAUUUGUUUAAGAUGAUGGAUGUCUAAGAAUUGUUAAGAUUGAAUUUCAGCUUCAGGUAUGCGCACACACAUGUUCAAUUUAAAAAUAAUUAAUAAGUGCUACAUUUCCAAUGCUUUCUCCACGCACAAUGAAUGGAAGUUUGUAUGCCGAUUUGAACACUGACCAUUUUUUAAGUUUACAGCACUGACCAUGUGUGUGAUGUUUAAGGCACUGGCCAUGUGUGUGAUGGUUAAGGCACCGACUAUGUGUAUUUUGGUUACAGAACUGACCAAGUAUGUGAGGUUACAGCACUGACCAGGUUAUAGCUAUUUCUCAGAGACUAGAAAAUCAUUCCUAUCAAAGUCUGAAAACUGAAAUUUCCAGUUGAAAAUGCUGCCGCCCUCCCGUUCUAUCUCAAUCUAUUAUUGUUUACUGUUUGGCUGUGCGAUUGAGUCUAUAUUUUAGCUGUCCUUCCUGGUUUAAAGACAUAAUGUUUCAAACAUGACAGCCUGCUUCUCUUUGGAUGUGGCUCAGCAGCUAGACAUUUAACCUGGACAGAGUCUGAGUUGUCUUCUGUCACUAUUUAGUUUAACGACAACAAAUCAUGUGUGCCUUCUUGAAAUGAAUCAAAUAAGGACUUGAUCAGCCACUGUGCUGCACACCCUGACACAUUUUCUGACCGUCUGCCGAUUAAUGGCCUGCUGUUUCAGUGUGAGACUUGUGUAUUGAUUUUCCAAAACAUGAAUAGUUUCAUUAAUCAUCAAAAAAGAUUCCUAUAAUGUUAGCUAUGAUUCUGCUGAGAGGCUUAUGUUGCGUGUCUUUCAGACCAAAGUAAUUUCAAGUGUUAAAAAACAUGUGCAUUUUUUUUUUUUUAAAUACAUUCUCUGGAAAUAAUAGGCUGUUAAUUUUUUUAUUUUCAAACAUGUCAUCAACAAAAAAAAAGUAUCUGAUUGAUCCAUGAAGACAUUGCCUUUAGCUUAA